UUAUAUUUUGGCCCAUGGCAAAUAACGAUAAUAUUAGGUACAGAGGACCUGGCCAUGAAGGUGAAGCUCCCCAGGCACAACAACAACAGCCUCCACCACCAGCACCUCGUCCUCCAGCUCAGCCUCUUCUUGCUACUCCUUUAUACAUUACAGCUCUAGUUGUUAUCAUAUCUGUAAUGCUGGUUGGUUUUUGCUUGUUUAGCUAUUUUACUUUUUAUUUUGGAGGUCUUAUGGAGGAGCAGAGAACACUUAGACUAGCAAAUGCAGAGCUGACAAAGGUAAAGGGUGACCUCAAAAAAGAGUUGGAGCGGACAAGGAAUGAAUGUAGUAUUAAUCGUGAGAAAGAUAAGGCUAACUUUGAGGACUUGUUGAAAAAGCAAAAAGAAGUGUUUGAUGAUCUCAUGAAUAAGAGUAAAGAAGAAACGAAACAAAGUGCGUUAGAAAGGCAUCAGGAUAAGGAAAAAGAAGAGACGAAUAGAAUGGGAAUUUAUACAAAUGUAGUAGAGAAACGAGAAGAGGAUUAUGUUGAGUGUAAAGAUAAACUCACUCAAUACCAAAACAAGGUUGAGCAGCUACAGAAAAAUGAAACAAGAAUAGUUGCUGAUUUUACAAAUGCAGUAACCCAGUGCAAGGUUGAGACAAGUUUCAAAACAAGCCAACUUGAAUCCUGUGAAGCUAGACUCAAUAAUUCCAUGACUCUUAUGAAAGAAAAAGGAAUAGAUGUGUUUUAUUAGAACUUCAAAAGUAGUAGACUCUAUGCCAGUUGUUAUAGAUAGUGUUUCUAGGUUAAGCUAGUUUUGCAUAUUUUUCACUUUUAAGGCAUUUUUGUGUAGUUUUUAGUUCAAUUUUGUA